ACUGGCGGAUGGAUACAUUUUCCGACGUGGACGACGAAGUGUAAAACAUCGAGAACUACAGCAGCUUUUCCACAAUGUUGCUCCUUCAGAGGAUAAAACUUCGGUACAGGUUUUGACGAAUGUAAUGGAAAGCGAAAAACAAACUACUGAGAGAGAGACGCCACCUCAGCACUGGAUAAGUUGCAAGUUGAUUAUUGACCCAGCAUUGACAAAAGGACUGUACAAAGUGUGCCGAUAUGAUGGGCAAUUUUUUAACAUACCAGUUGAGGACUUAGGUCUGUUACCUGUGGACACAGUCAGAGAUCCUCGCAUCUGCCGCCUGUGGAGCAAAUCCAAACACACCGAGCUCCAGCUUCCUAAAUACAAGGUCGAUGAAUGGUAUGUUGGCCCUGUUCCUCCAAAGGAAGUAACAUUUUCCAGGCUGAAUGACAAUGUAAAGGAGACGUUCUUGACUAAUAUGUGCAACAAAUAUGGGAACGUCGAAGAGGUGGAAAUAUUUUACAACCCCAGGAACAAGAAGCAUUUAGGGGUUGCGAAGGUCGUCUUUGACACCGUGAGGGCUGCGAAAGACGCUGUUAGGCACCUCCACCAGACGUCAGUUAUGGGAAAUAUCAUCCACGUGGAAAUUGAUCUUAAAGGUGAGAAUAGGGACCGAUAUCUCCAGCUCCUCUUGAGUGGUGUGUGUACUCCGUGGACGUUGCCGUCGGGCAACAGUGAGCCAGCUGUCCAAAGCUUGAUCGACAAUUUGCUGGUUAGUGCAGUCUCGCAGGGACAAGGCGUCUCCAGUCCUAUCAGCAUUGCUACACCGCUCUCUCUGGACACAGCCUACUCCAGUAUUUGGCAGGAUACGCCUUGCAGCUUUGGGCUUACGCCACAAUCUCAGGGAACCCCCCGCACUCCCUGCUUGACUGCAACUCCACUCUCUCAGGACUCCUGCUACUCCAGCCUUCAAGCGACUCCGGUCCUCCAGGGGGAGCCCUCCACCUACAGUGUUCCCAAACCUUUAAGGCAAGAGCUCUGCCAUCGUAAACCCGCGAGGCAUCACAGGGGAUCUUGCCAAGUCUCGAGCUUCAUAUUGAAGCAUUGCCACUCACAGCCACCGCUCCCUCUCUUUACCCAAAAACAAACUAGCGGUAAGCAACUUGUGGAGUGGAGUCAUAACGCACAAUCUACUCACGAUGACAAAGAACCUUCCUUUAACUCCUUUCAGGAGUCAGUAGAUGCUAAUAACCCCACUUCUACUCUGAACUCUUUCCGCCUCCUGAGCACUAAUUUCACAGCUGACCGGCAAACGAUAGCAACAUCUCCACCUGAUGACAACCGGCCAGGAGUCGAGAGUUUAGACUCUCGGAUUCAAAGUUUGCUGAUAAACAGCCAGAUUAAUGACCCCUCAUACUUUGAUAGAAAGACACUGGAGGCUGACACAAACUCUCAGGAUAGCCCAGCUUCCCCUUGCUCAGCUCUUAACGGCCCUUUCUCAGAUAACGCUCUUGCUUGCACCCCGACUUCACGUGGAUCCUCCUCAAAUAUCCGCCAGUGGCUCUUUAAUGAUGUGGUGGAUGACGGACGAGGAUCGCUCAUCGAACAUGAGGAUGAAACUGCUCAAGCUGUUUCGUUUCUUACCAGAAGCUCUCAGUCUCCUAGUCCACAUGAGUCCACACAUCUCGAAAGGAGGGAUCAAAUAAACAAUGACCAAGAAGCAGAAAGGUUCCACUGUCCAAAGGAACUUCAUGCAGCAAAUGAGGAAAGUAAACAACCAAAUACCAGAGAGUCUGGAAAUCUGACACCAACAAAAGAAACAAACUUUCUCGAGCUCCCCCCCGAUGCUCCCCCUGCUGUUGCGGUCGGACACUCUCAUCCACCUUUCCCGUUCCCCAUUCCUCCGUUUCCUCCAUCUAUUCCACCGGUCCCACCUCGCCUUCCGAAUGGCACUAUCCCCAUCCCACCUCCAGGCUGGAUGCCACCACCGGGCCAUCGCACCGGAAUCCCGAUUCCUCCUCUGCGCCUUCCUCCACCUCCUUCAGUUCCUCCCCCACCAACUUUUCUGGGACCCCCUCCUCAUUUGAUCUUGCCACCUUCUGUUCCACCACCUGUGCACCUGUACCCUUUACCCAUGCAGCCAGCAAGCACUUUGGAUAAAGGGGACCCUCCGAGACACGGCAGUGCACCUCUAUCGUUGCCUUUACCGCCCUGGCCUGCUCCACAUUUUCCCAGGUUCAACCCCUUUGUGCCACCACCAGGCUACCCACCUGUGCAAGAAAACCCCCACAAGAUCACAGCAGAAAAAGUUCUAGAAGUCCUGAUGGAUGAACUCAAGUCAGUCAUCAAGAAGGACAUAACACGUAGGAUGAUUGAAGGGGUCGCUUUCAAAGCGUUUGAGGACUGGUGGGACUGUCAGGAGAAGAAAACCAAGGUGGAAGUUUCUCCCGUGAAAAGUGGAGCAGUAAAUGCAUUAAAUCCAAUCAGUCACAUCAACUUGCAGGGAAAGAAACCUCCACUGCCGUCCUUCAAGGUAAAAAGAAAAAGACCAGAGAUAGAAGAUGAGUCAUGUUCUGCUCAUGAACAUUCAGAUGUUAAACAGAAGAGGGUAGAUACUAUGAGACCUGACGGAGACGGAGCCAAACGCAGACAUGCAAGACCUCUAGAGCUGGACAGUGAAGAUGAAGAUGACGGGAAAGAGGAAGAUAAUACAAUUCAAGCUGAAGAUACAAUUCCAGGCAAAGUGGAGGUUCCUAUUGAGGAUGAAUCUAAAAUCCUGUCUGACAGAGACGACUACGACAGUGGUGAUGACAGUGACCGUCCAGGGGAAGAAGACGAUUCCGAGAAAAAACAGCAAGAGGAUGAAGAUUCUGUCGUCUUUAAGACUGCUGAUGGCAUGCAGUGCUUAGACAGCGAGUCGUUUUCAGAGAGCAGCUCCUCGGAGGAAAGCGAAUACUCAUCGGACUUGGAAUCGUCCGAUUCAUUCUCUUCAGAGAGCUUUGAGGACUCGUCCUCUGACCUCGGCUCUGAGGAUGAAGAGAUGCAGGAUGGUGAGGACAGCAGGAGUGAAGAGUGUGUGGUGAUAUCAUCAGAUGAGGACUCAAUGGAGCUUGAAGCUCCGCUUACUCCCUCAUCUGCCCCGCUGACGCCCGGCGCCCAGCUGGAUCAAGACCUGCAGGACUGGUCAGAUCUGUUUCAGAGGGAAGAAAGAGAGGAAAACCACUACGUAUCCCGUCAACAAGAUAGCAUGAUGGAGCUUGGCACCAGUAAACCAGAGUACCUGCAGCCUCCAUCACCUAUCGGACUUCCAGUGGAGGCUGACCUUGACGUGGAGAUGGAGAGCUGUGAAUGGACAGUGGAGCCUCUCGAGAACAUAGAAAAUUUGCGGCCUCUCACUCCUACUGGCUUCUUGGUGGACAGCGACCCAGACAUCGUGAUAAAAAGCAAAGCAACAUCUCCAGCGGUGGAGGAGGUCGAACGACCACAAACUCCAGGCAAAGGAAUAGUGGUUGAUCUAGAGAGCGAGGACUCGGGUGAAGCUGAUGAGGUCCUCUCUCUCUCCCCAUCAAGCAGUGAACUUAUUCUAUCUCCCCCUGAUCUCCUGGUGGCCUCGUACCCAUCGUACCAGGAGAUGCCUAAAACUCCUGGUAGAGAGGAAAGAGCUGCUCCUUACAGUUCUGUGAGAGCUCCAGCAACGCCCGGCAGAGGGACGGUGUCAGAAAGUAGCGUAGUAUUCCCACCUCUUACCAGCCCACCCCCUGUUUUACCUGCCCCCAUCAAUCCAUAUAUCACAGCCCCAAAGACUCCUGGGAGAGAUAUUAUCCUACCACGGAGAGCCAUAGUUUACAAGAGGAAAACACAAAUGAUAGCAAAGCAACUUCCUCUCAGAGUGUCGCCUUCACACAGCCUUUCUGAUUCUUCAUCUGACACUGCCGAUGAGGACGGAACGUGGAUCUGCUCAGGCGUGAGAGCGAGGCCUCUGCAGGGCCUGGAGAAUAUGCCUGGUCUUUUGGAUGAGGAGAAAUCCUCACAGAGACACAAACGGUGGAGGAGGCUGAAGAGGAGAAGGAGAGACCGUCAUCUGCACAGAUCAUUCAAAAGAGUCGCCGGGUCGCUGUCAUCCAACGGACGUCCUCACAGAUGGCGUUCGCUCUGUGAGGAGAGGAGGAUCCUCCACAGGGUUUGGAGGGACGGCCUGGAUGAGGAAGACGCGAGGCUCCUGCAGAUCACUUAUGAAAGGCUGCAAGAGCAGGACAAUGGCAUCGGGUGGCUCAGUGACACCGUCUGGAUAGAUCACCCUCUGACGAAGGUCCUUGUUCAAAAGAGUGAGGAACACAAAUCCUGGCAGCCAAUCCACAGGACCGGCUCUGCUCGCAGUGAAGGUUUCUACAAAAUCAGCAAGAAGGAUAAAAUGAAAUACCUCAACAACGUAAAGGCUUCAGAGUCUCCAUCAACAAGUGCUCAGGGAAUGUGCAUCCCAGUGCAGCAUCAAACCUCACUGCGAUCUGGAUCUGAGUUCAGGUCUGAACAGCGCCGCCUGCUGUCCUCUUUCAGCUGUGACAGUGACCUGGUCAAGUUCAACCAGUUAAAGUUCCGAAAAAAGAGGAUUUGUUUCAGCCGAAGUCACAUACAUGAGUGGGGCCUUUUCGCCAUGGAGCCUAUAGCAGCGGAUGAGAUGGUGAUCGAGUAUGUGGGUGAAAUCAUCAGACAGAUUAUCGCCGACAUGAGGGAACAGAGAUAUGAGGAGGAGGGCAUUGGAAGCAGCUAUUUGUUCCGCGUUGAUCAGGACACUAUCAUUGAUGCCACUAAAUGUGGGAACUUAGCCAGGUUUAUCAACCACAGCUGCAAUCCUAACUGCUAUGCGAAGAUCAUCACCGUGGAGUCUCAGAAGAAGAUCGUUAUAUACUCCCGGCAGCCAAUAAGCAUCAAUGAAGAGAUUACAUACGACUACAAGUUUCCCAUUGAGGAAACAAAGAUCCCUUGCUUGUGUGGGGCAGAUAGCUGCCGAGGCUCCUUGAACUAAGGAAAGGC